AUGUAAAAAGCCCUCUAUAUAUUAAUAACAAUAUUAUUUCUUUUUAUAAACUGUUCCUAAUAUAUUUCAAUUCCAAAAAAACCUGACGGUGUGACAAUUGGAAAUAAAAAUUCUCAAAUAAAACUCGAAGCUUAUUAUGAUUUACAAUGUCCAGAUUCCAAACAUUCUAAUGAGCAAUUAAAUAUUUUAUUUAAAGAAAAAACCUAUUUAUAAAAUUUAGCUUUUACUUAUCAUUAUUUUCCACUUCCUUAUCAUUUUAAUUCUUACCACCUUUCUUAAACAUUAAGAUUUGUAUAUGAUAAAUAUGGAACAUAAGCUGCUGUAGAAUUUACUAAUAAAGUAUUCGAAAAUCAAUAAAAUUAUGACAAUAAUAAAACUAAAACCUUAAAUUUGAAUGAAAUCUAUUAAAAAAUAGCUGAUGAUACUUAAUCUUUUUUAAAAGAAUAUAGUAUUAAAUCUUCUGAUGUUAUUGAUGCUUUAAAUGAUUAAAAUUACAAUCAAGAAACAAGAUAAAGUUGGAAAAUUGGUUGCGGUAAUGGGGUUUCCGGAACACCUAUUUUUUAUUUGAAUGGAGUUAGAAUAGAUGGAGCUGAAACUUUUGAUGUAUAAAAUUGGAAAAAAUUUUUAGAAGAAUAUUUAUAAUAGAAAGAAAAACAUAAUAAUUUUAGACAUGAUAAAUAUUGA